AUGGUGAAAGUUUUCCUGACAGGAAUCACGGGGUAUACUGGCGGGGACAUCUUUUAUGUCCUGGAAAAGACCCAUCCGGAUUUUGAGUACUCUCUUCUGGUCAGAAACGAGUCUAAGGCUGCGCCCGUCAAGGAGAAGUAUCCCAAUGUCCGAAUUGUGUACGGCACGCUAGACGACUCCAAGGUGCUGGAGGAAGAGGCAUCGAAGACUGACAUCCUCAUCCACACUGCCGACGCAUCAGAUCAUGCAGGAGCAGCCAAGGCCUUUGCGGCAGGACUUGCAGCAGGGCACAGCAAAGAAAAGCCAGGCUAUUGGAUCCACACUGGCGGCACAGGCAUUCUGACUUACCAGGACACUGAUGCCGAUCGGUAUGGGCAGCCGCUGGCUUACGAGCCGUACAAUGAUCUCGAGGGCAUCGAUGCGCUUACCGGUCUCCCUGACCACGCAUUCCACCGCAAUGUCGACAAGAUUGUGCUGGCCGCUGCUGAGCAUCCGGCGAUCAAGGCGGCAAUCAUCUGCCCUCCCACCAUCUAUGGAAAGGGCAGAGGAGUCGGCAACACUAGGAGUCGACAAGUCUACGUGAUGGCCAACAUGACGCUAAAGCGUGGAAAGGCACCUAUCAUUGGGACUGGAAAGGCGUCCAUGGAUGAUGUCCACGUUCACGACCUCACCGACUUGUACAUCAAGAUGGUAGAUGCCGCACUCAACCCUAAGCCUGAAAUCGAUGGCCAUAUUUGGGGCCCAAAAGAAGGUUACCUCUUAGCUGAGAGAGGGUACCACGUCUGGGGCGAGGUUGCGCAAUGGGUUGCUGAGGCCGCGCAUGCCAGAGGUUACAUCAAGGACACCAAGCUGGAGCCUCUCGAUGUCGCCGAGGCCAAGGAAAUCGCGGGAUUUGAGGCGGCGUCCUAUGGCUUAAACUCACGUGGCCAGGCAAAGAGGGCUCGCAAAUAUCUUGGUUGGAAUCCGACUGCUCCGAGCCUGAAGGAGGAGGUGCCCAAUAUCGUCGACGUCGAGGCGGAACUGCUGGGUCUCAAGCCGGCGAAGGCUUGA